CCAGAGUUUCUAUUGUCAAAAGGCCAGCUCAGCACUAAUAGAGGAAAGAAGAAAGAGGGAGGGACAGAUCAUGGAGCAAGAGAUGACCAAGGAGGGUUGGAUUGAGAGAAUGGUAAAAAUAGUUCGGGAAACUGAUGUUAAAGGGAAAGAUUCAAGGGUGAAUUGACUAUACGGAGCCAAUGAUGCAAACAAAUGUUCUUUGAUUUUGCUCUUCUGUAUUUAGCUUGAUAUUCAAAUUAGCUGUUAACUGUUUUCAGUGUUGGAAUAGAGGUACUCCUCGUGUUUUAUUCAUACUAAGAUUCUUUCUUUUAUCUAAAAAAGGACUUUAUUGUUCUAUUAAAUAGAUGUUAAACUAAACAAGGAGUAGGAGAUCGCAGGAAAUUCAAAAAAGUUGCUUAUUGGAAAAGAGGUGGUCUCAGAAGCAAAGAAUGGGAGGAUGAAACAAGGACGCUCCCUAAGAACUAGCCGACAAUGACGACAAGAGUGCCUACUGUUUUAUUUGAAACAGAGAAGGGUGCAGACGCCCAGCUUUCUUCCUCACUUAAUUCUUCAGUUACUGGCUCCUGCAAUAUUGACGAGUCCUACAAGUACAUCUUCCUGCCAAUUUGUUACUCCUUUACCUUUGUCUUCAGUAUAACCCUUAACUUUGUGGUUCUCUACCGUUCCUUUCGACGCACCAGACGCUGGAAUGCGUCCCUGAUUUACAUGGUGAACCUGGCCACGACAGACUUCAUGUAUGGUUUAUCCCUGCCCUUUCUGGUGGCUAGUUACGUCAUGCGGGACGACUGGGUGUUUGGAGACUUCAUGUGCCGCCUAGUGCGCUUCCUCUUUUACUUCAACCUCUACUGCAGCAUCUUCUUUCUCACUUGUAUCUCAGUGCACCGCUACCUGGGCAUCUGUCACCCCAUGAAGACCAUCACCUUGGAGACCAAACGAGCCGUGAAGGGGACUUGCGUUUUGGUGUGGAUUGCUGUUUUUGCACUAACAUGCCCAAUUUUUCGUUUUGCACAGACGCAGUAUCUUCCACGUGAAGGUAAGGGCACGAGGGAGGAGAUGUUCAAUAAUUGCUGGGAUGAUGCCAUUGAUAGAGAGUUCCAUGAUUACAUCCCUUACGGGGUCACGCUUCAUUUCUUGGGUUUUUUUGCACCAUUUAGCAUCAUUGCCUGGUGCUACUCACGUGUGGUGUUGACUAUAUUUCGGACGCUGCACUCUCAACCUCCUCCUCAAAGAGUCAGAAGUGGAACAGGCUGUGAAAGCGUCGCAGGGAUAGGGGGAGAGGGCAUGUCAAUCAUCUUGGGUGCUCAUUCGCCUUACGUGAACAGGCGUCGCAAGUCCAUCAAGACCAUAAUUACCAUCACUCUGCUCUUUGCCCUUUGCUUCUUUCCCUUCCAUGUCACUCGCACCAUUUUCCUGCUUCUGAAAGUGACAAGUAAGGUGCAGUGCCACACCAUGCGCAUGGUUUCCAUCUGUUAUAAAAUCACCCGGCCUCUGGCCUCAUUCAACGCCUGGCUGAAUGCACUGCUUUAUUUCCUUACCAAAGAGAAAAAUGGGCCCUGCUGUCAAAAACCUAAACAUGCCCAGCAUGGUCUGCUAUGGCCACUGAGAAUGCUGGGGAAAGGAGAGGAAGAGGAGAAUGAAGCUGAGGAGACACGGAACCAUAAGGACAAUGGGCCAACUGCUGAAAACAAAAUAUUCAGAGGUCUACCUUAAGGAAUAACAGUGCAGGACACUAACAAGUGAGCCUGGUGGAACUGCCUUCAAAUGGGAUUCAUUUGAAAUUAACUGUAAUGUUUUGUUAUAUUCAAUGUAUUUGUAUAAUCCUGUGUAUUCACAUAAAACGUGGAGGAUCUUGUGGUUGUUUUGUCUUUUCAAGACCCCUAACAGAUUGUUUUUCUUGUUGAUUGUUUGGAGGGUUAAUUCGUUAUUGAAAAAAUGUUGAUUAGGUUUACUAUUGAUUUAGUGUAUAUAAAUUGCAAAAGCAUAUAUAGAAUAAUACACUCAUUUAUUGUUUAUCUUAUUUUUUGCAGUUGUUGGCACACCUCAGAUUAGACAUAUUUUGUGCAUGAACUAUGUUUAGGGCUGUCAUAGAUUAAUAUAUCUUGUUGUGAAUAAUUAAACUGUUCUAAUAAAUGUUCUGAACUUGUUUAAAUGAAAAUCUAAUUAUGAGCUCUUUUAAAGAUGCUAUGCACCAUUAAGCACUGUUCCAGAUUUGUUUGUCCUUCUGUGACUAUUUAAUCUUAAUUUGUUGUAGAAUAAACUUCUUAAGGGUGACGGUU